GCAUUCAACACCCCAAGAACGACUCCAAUGGCGAAAAGUACGAAGAAGUCGACUCGCAAGUUCGAGAAGAACCAUCUGAAGGAUGCUCUAGAGAAGAGGAAAGCUGGCGCAAAAAUUAAGCAGCGACAGCAGGUCAAGGCAAAGCGACAAGCACGAAAUGCGAAAGAUGCUGAAUUUAUGGGUGGAAAAGAUGGAGAGGAGGCGCCCAAGGCUAAGAGCUCUGCCAAAGAGGAUGCCUUUGCGAAGAUGAAUGUGGACGAUUUUUUCCAAGGCGGUUUCGAAAUCCCAGAGAAGCUUGCGAGGAAGUUGAAGUCGAAAAGCGCUCCAGAGAAAUUAGGAAAGAGGAAGAGAACAGAACCGGAAGAAGAGGACGAUGAUGACUCGUCGGAAGCUUCUUUUGAAGAAGCUCCAGUCAUGAGCGACAGCGAAGAUGAUGCUGCCGAGGACGACAUUGGCAUGAGCAAGGGUGCUAUGGAUGCAUUGGCAGAGAAGGAUCCGGAAUUCUACAAAUACUUGAAAGAGAAUGACCCUGAAGCUUUGGAUUUUGACGACUAUGCAGAUCUCGCUGAAGUCGAUGCAUUGAGUGGCAGUGACGUGGAGGAGGAACCCAAAAAGAAGAAGCAAAAGAAUUCCAAGAAGAAGAUUCAAGUUGAAACAGAAGAGGGCUCAGGAGAGGAGGAGGAAGAGGAGGACGAUGCAUCAGAGGUCACAAAGCCUAUGGUUUCGAAAUGGACAAAAGCUAUGACGGGACAGAACUCAUUACGAGCUAUGCGACAGGUUGUUCUUGCGUUUAGAGCAGCUGCGCAUCUCAAUGAGGAUGAAGGGAAGGACUACAAGUAUACCAUUUCGAAUCCCGAAGUCUACCACGACUUACUUCUCACGACACUCAAGCACGUUCCGGAGGUGCUAAACCACCAUUUACCGGUAAAAGAAUCAGCUUCUGGGAAAGUACGAGUGUCAACGGACUCGAAGAAAUUCAAAACUCUUUCACCUCUACUCAAAUCGCACUCUACUUCCGUCCUUCACCUCCUCGGCUCUCUCUCCGAUGCGCCGACCCUCAAGAUUACGUUGUCAUCUCUUACGCCCUUGCUCCCGUAUCUGCUAUCGUUCAAGAAGAUUCUGAAGACCCUGGUCAAGUCAGUGGUCGACAUCUGGUCAGAUCCUUCAAGUACCGAGGCAACACGAAUAACAGCAUUCCUUGUUGUCCGACGGUUGGCAGUGAUAGGCGAUCCAGGACUUCGUGAAGCAGUAUUGAAGACUGUUUACCAAGGAUUGAUCAAAGGGAGCCGAAGCACGACAAUACACACCAUUCAAGGCAUCAACUUGAUGAAAAAUUCUGCUGCUGAGCUCUGGGGCAUCGACCAAGGAGUUGGCUAUACAACUGGAUUUACCUUCAUCCGCCAACUUGCUAUCCAUCUGCGGAGUAGCAUCACGAAUAAUCAGAAAGAGUCCUACAAGACGAUCUACAACUGGCAAUAUGUCCAUUCAUUGGACUUCUGGUCUUGCGUAUUAUCAGAACAUUGCAAUCCCAUUAAGGAAGCAGAGAGUGGUAAGGAGUCAGAACUACGUCCUCUUAUCUACCCAUUAGUGCAAGUCACUCUGGGAGCCAUGCGUCUGAUACCUACAUCCACCUACUUCCCUCUUCGAUUCCACAUGAUGCGAUCUCUUCUCCGACUCUCUAGAGCUACUGGUACAUACAUACCUCUCGCAGCAGCACUACUAGAAGUCUUGAACUCUGCGGAGAUGAAAAAACCACCCAAGCCAAGUACUUUGAAGAGUCUCGAUUUUGCUUCGAAUUACAAAGCUCAAAAGACAUACCUGCGAACACGAGUCUACCAAGAUGGAGUCGGCGAACAAGUUGUAGAACUGUUGUCAGCAUUCUUCGUCCUGUGGUCGACCAGUAUCGCUUUCCCGGAAUUGGCUUUGCCGGUCAUUGUCAUGCUGAAGCGUUGGUUGAAGGAUGCCAAUAACAAGGCAUCUGGAAACAAGAACAAUAAGCUCAAUUCUGCUUUGUUGCUGUUAAUUCAGAAAUUAGAAGCGAAUGGCAAAUUCAUCGAGGAGAGGAGAGCGAAGGUCGACUUCGCACCAAAUAAUCGAGCUGGUGUGGACGGGUUCCUGAAGGGAUUUGAGUGGGAGAAGACACCGUUAGGAGCCUUUGUUGUUGGUCAGAGGAAGCAGAGAGAAGAGAAAGCUAGAUUAGUGGAACAAGGUCGCAGAGAGGAGGAGAGGAAGAGGAAACAAGAUCGACAGAAGGAGAAGGAGGCCGAUGUCAGCGAUGAGGAGAUGGAAGAUGUCGACGAGUCUGGCUUCGAGAGUGAGGAAGAUGAUGAGUAGGCUUGUAGGUAUCCAUUGGCGUUUGGCGCUCAAAAUGAGCUUGGGUAUUGGCUCUAUAAUGAGUGUUGUAGAUAUCUGAAAAUUCUCUCUAUGAAGAACAAUACUUGCGGAUACCUGACCUUCGGGUACUUUGG